GCUCCGACUCCGUGCCGCCCAGAGCCGCAGCUGUGGGGUCUCAGCAGCCGGGAGCGCGCGCCGGACUCUUGCCUGUGGCCCUUCCGAAGACCCCCCGACCGUUAUCCCGAGGGCUGCAGAAGCCCCCGCGCCCGCCGCCAAAAUGCUGCUCCUGCUGCUGAGCAUCAUCGUCCUGCACGUCGCGGUCCUGGUGCUGCUGUUCGUCUCCACCAUCGUCAGCCACUGGAUGGAGGGAAAUGACCAUGCCACCGACCUUUGGCAGAACUGUAGUAGCAUAUCCACAAAAACUAUCUACCACUGUUUCUCGACAUCAACAAAUGAAUGGCUGCAGUCUGUCCAGGCGACCAUGAUCCUGUCAAUCAUCUUCAGUGUUCUGUCUCUGUUCCUGUUUUUCUGCCAGCUUUUCACCCUUACCAAGGGGGGACGGUUUUAUAUCACUGGAAUCUUCCAAAUCCUCGCAGGUCUGUGUGUGAUGAGUGGAGCAGUGAUCUACACGGUGAAGCACUCAGAAUGGCAUUUCAACACUGAAAACAAUAACUAUGGUUUUUCCUACAUACUCGCCUGGGUGGCUUUACCCCUGGCCCUCAUCAGUGGCGUCAUCUAUGUGAUCUUGAGGAAGCGUGAAUGAGGUGCCCAGGCAGUCUCUCUGUGGCUCUCAGCUUACAGAGGGAGGGAGGAAGGAAACCAGAAAAAAAUAAAAAAGAAACAAAGGAGGUAGCCACAAAUCCCACACUCAAAACCAAACAGAAAGCAGUCAAGGGGAGUGGUUAGCAUUGACUGAAGAUGUAUAUAAUAUCUAUGGUUUAUGAAACCUAUUUAUAACACUUUUACAUACAUGUACAUAGUACUGUUUGCUUUUUAUGUUGACUAUCAGCCUUGUGUUGAACCUUGUGUUGAAGUAGCUAAGGAACUUUACAUUCUAACAGUGUAAUCAAGCUCAUUUUAUUUUUUGUUAGUUUGUUUCAUUUUCCAUUGUUUUAGAAAUGAAACAACUCCAUCUCACUCCUUUUCAUCUGAAAAAAAAAAUACCUCCCUCCUAUUUCACCUCUCUUAGAAAACCAAAGUGUGGGUUAUAACCCAGAAUGGCCAAAAAUUCUUUCAUCAUGGGUAACCUAGUUCAUCACACAGAGGCAGGCACUGCCCACACCUCUGCAUGAAGCUUAAUGCAUGCACAGAUGAAACCCUUCAACUGGACCCCUUGGCAAAAACAUGUCUUGUGACCUGGGAAUGCUUGCCCUGCAAGGUAGAAAUCCUGGUCAUUUAUCUAGAGCAAAUAUCAGUGAUGAUAGACCUGUGAAAUGGUGCUAUGUAUUUACCAUUCCUUAUUAUCAUUAAUCAUCUAAGCUACUCACUGGAAAUUCAAUUAACACUUUUACAAGGUAAAGUAGAAAAGAGACCUGAAUAAUUCCCUCUGAUAUAAAUGGUUUGUAACCUCUUUUAUAUCUAGCUAGGCUGCUCUUAUUACUAUGAUAAAUAAAUAACAAAUAGCCCUUAUCACUUCCCCAUUUCUCAUAUGGUCAGAGCAUCGGGACAAACCUAGACCCCAUGGAACUGAAUUCCCAGGGCUUAGAUGGGUCUAGACUGUUCUCUGCUUCUAAGGACUGUCUGGCAAUGACAUGUAUUGGCCACCACUUUAGGUGUAUAUAUGGUGCCGUCUGAUGCUAAGACUCCAGGCCUUUUAUUAUUAUUUUUCUUUGCUUUUUCUGAUUUUAUACCAACUGUAUGAACUAAGAUGCAUAAAAAUAAACAUAAUAGUAACACA